ACUGGUUACUAUACUCUCAUUCGAAAUUGUAAUGCUGCGCAUAGGCAAACAAGGUUCGACCAAACUGGUUUCCGGGCUUUUCAGCUCACCUGUAGCUGUCCGAGCUCAUGCAAGACGAUUCCCCCAGGCAACACAAUUUCAGCCACUGUCAUUACGACAAUACAGCCAACAACAACAGCAGCAGCGCUCAUAUCGAGAAAAACUAUUUUCUGCUUGGAAAGACACCAAAGUCAAGUGGACGCCUAUUCCAGUUGGUCUCGGUAUCGGGUUUCUAUGCUUCUUACAGUAUCGACGAGUGGUGAAACGAGAGAGAGAGCGACAAGAUGGUGAUGAAGUUGUUCGUCGAAAAUACGUAGCCAGUGGACCAUGGCAGGUUCAUGUUGCAGCGGCCCUUCCAUUGAGAAGCAUGUCCCGACUCUGGGGAGCUUUCAAUUCGAUCAAUAUUCCCGAAUUCCUUAGACCUGCUGGAUUCAAGUUAUAUAGUUGGAUUUUUGGUUGCAACCUAGAUGAAAUGAAGGUCAAGGACUUGAAAGCCUAUCCCAACUUAUCUGCAUUUUUCUACCGAGAAUUGGAAGAAGGAGCUCGACCGGUGGCCAAUGCCCCUCUGGUUUCGCCAUCAGACGGAAAAGUUUUACAUUUCGGUGUUGUAGAGGAGCGCAACAUUGAACAGAUUAAAGGCGUCACCUACUCUUUGGACGCUUUGUUGGGCAUGGAUAACAGCUCUACAAGAGCAAUUGAAGAUGUACGAUUCGAUCCUCACACUGGUGCUGUCGAUGAGGAAGAAUUUGCCAACGUCAAUGGAAUCAACUACUCUCUAGAUGACAUGUUGGGAUCCAGCGAUAACGCAGUGAAGACAGCAAGUUCAGUUGGACCAGAUGGACUUGCUCGAGAAGCCAAGGAUGAUCGAUCCAAUAUGAAAUCCUCAGAGCUUGUCCGACUUGCCGAUGUCGAACCUAGCGGUGACUUGAGCCACAGGACCAAACCUGGCAACUCAUUGUUUUUCGCCGUCAUUUAUCUUGCUCCAGGAGAUUACCAUAGAUUCCACUCUCCCGCUGACUGGGUUGUUCAGAUGCGUAGACAUUUUGCAGGCGAACUCUUCUCUGUUUCGCCCUACUUUGUGAAGCUUUUAGAAAACCUCUUUGUUCUUAACGAGCGUGUUGUAUUGAUGGGCAAAUGGCGACAUGGUUUCUUCUCCAUGAUUCCUGUUGGAGCCACCAAUGUUGGUUCCAUCAAGAUUAAUUUCGAUGAGGCUUUGAGGACCAACCGCAAGGAGGAUCUUGCCACUGGCACUUAUACCGAAGUCUCCUACAAGUCGGCCAGCAAGCGACUGGGUGGCAAGCCCGUUUGUCGUGGCGAAGAGGUUGGCGGAUUUUAUUUGGGAUCCACCGUUGUCCUUGUUUUCGAAGCUCCAUCCAACUUCAAAUUCACUCUUGAGCAAGGACAGAAAGUGAAGAUGGGUCAAGCUAUUGGUAAAUUUGAGAAAGAGGGUUCUGACAGUGAUUCUAUAGAAAAGGAAUAAUUAGGUUGCAUUCUGUGGUUAUGGCAUGAAUGAAAUAAAAUAACAUAUGUAUAAUGCUAUCGUCAGGGUCGUUCGACGCUCUGACCAACUU